AUGGCCUCCGCUUCUUCCGUGAGGUUCACCCUCACCUACCUCAUCUUCGCCUUCACAUGCUUCCUUGCGAUCGUCAGUCUGAUCCUUGUCCGCCUCUCCAUCAUAUUGAGCCCGCACCGGCUCAAGCCUUCGGAACUCAACCGGGCUGGAUCCGCUCAUCUCCUCAUCGUCCUGGGUAGUGGCGGCCACACGGCAGAAAUGGUCGCCAUGCUGGAGCGGGCUGUCAAUGAAGAUGAGACGACCCGGCGAUUUGAGUGGAAGCGAUUUAAGCACCGGACUUGGGUUGUUAGCUCUGGCGACAGCAUUUCCGCGCAGCGCGCUCGAGCGUUCGAGGACAUGGCUUCUGGAAAUGGCACAACCGCGAGUGGGUCCCAGCGACAGCGAGCACAAAUAUUGACCGUCCCUCGAGCAAGAGAGAUACACCAACCCAUCUACACGGCACCUAUAUCCAGCCUCCGCUGCCUCUUCGCCACAUUCGGGCUCCUCCUCGGCUGCUCCAGAUCAGGCCGAGACUUCCCGGACAUAAUCCUCUGCAACGGCCCUGCAACAGCUACAAUUAUCGUUUUCACGGCAGUCUUAUUGCGCUUCUUCAACGUGCGAAACUGCCACUCGCGAGGGAAGAUGCGGACGGUCUACGUAGAGUCAUGGGCACGGGUCAAGAAGUUGAGUCUGUCUGGAAACCUGCUGGAAGGGGUGGCGGAUCGGUUUGUGGUGCAGUGGCCGCAGCUUGCGAAGGGUGGGAGGGGUAGCAGGGAGUUUUUAGGUGUGCUUGUUUAA